AUGGCAGCAUUUAUCAAAUUCACCGACGGCGAUAUUGCCGGCGCUGUAAUUGGGAGUAUUCUGUGUACGCUGGUGUUGACCUGUUGCGGAUUUUUUGCCUGGUACUGGUUUUAUAUGCGGAAGCGUGAUGGGAAGAUCGAUUUCGAAGAUGCCAGUAGGCCGGGAUACCGUGUCAACAUGGGAGCGUCAAAUGUUACUCGAAAGCAUUUAAUUACUGACGCCGAUGUUGGUGUGGGUAGAAAACACCAUGGUCCAACGAAGGCUUAUGUCAAUGCCGGCUUUCAAGAUCCAGACGAUGGUCUUCAUCUGGUCUACCAGCAAAAGCAGCAUAAAGGCCAUAAAAACCAAAACCGUACCAAAGAUGGCGGGGAAAGAACGCGCGAUCACACUGGAAAUGCGCAAACAGCACCGGCCGGAGCGGUGCGCACACAGUCAACAUUACACCAACGAGUUCCACAGAAAUUCCACUCGAAAAAGGAUCGCGUAAAAGUGAAAUUACGAGGACACGACUUUACCGGUCUGGGGUUCAACAUAUGCGGAAAUCUGCGCGAUGGGAUUUAUGUUCAAAAUGUGUUGCAGAAAGGUCCAGCAGCGGAGUCGGGACUGUUGGAACCCGGUGAUCGCAUAAUGGACGUUGAAGUGUCUUUCAAGAAUAUCGUAUUUGAAGAUGCCCUGACUAUUCUAAGCUACGCAUCGCCGUACGACGUGACACUGGCCGUCAAAAAGUAUGAUUUUACAAGGUCAUCCGCGGCAUCCUCCUCGUCGGCAUCGGCCAAAUUUAGCCGUCGCAGCUCGAGUUUACAGGCCCGUUCAACGCCGGCCGCAGCCGGGCAGUUUUUCGACGGCAUGUCUUUCCCGCUGAAGCGCAGUCAGAGUAUUGGUGAUCUGGAUCAGAUCGCCAAACGCGAUUCAUAUUCGUCCGUUGAGAGUAAUUCCACGGUCAGCCGUAAUGCGGGUCCACAGCAUAGCAAUCUGCAGCCGGCAUCCGCCAGACAAGCGCGAGACACGUCGCCGCAGUCGGCGGUUAGCAGUGUGAGGAACCUCCAGCAGAGUUCUCCCGCCUCUUCCAUUCGUCACAUCGUCACCCGGCCGGGCCACUACACCAACGGCACCGCCAACGGUCACGGUACCUGGCAUUCCCGCGAUAGCUCCACCUCCAACAGCCUCCUCCAGCGCCACGAAACCCCCAAAGGGCUUAGUGAGGAGACAGUGACCUUUAGCCGUAUCGGCUCGCCCAAGAAGCGCGCUCCGCCACCACCACCCUCGCCUCCGCAGCUCCCCACCCCCUCUCCACCGCACAUGGCGCGGCCGUUCAGUUCGGUCAGCACAUCCAGUUCAUCCGGGAUACAUCGACAGAGCCGCACUAUGCGCUCGCGGGUGGAUGAGGACGAGCGGCGUUCGUAUGAAGAAUCAUCCAUGGUCAAAGAGAUCUUCCGGGAGUUGCAGGACCAUGACCGGUCGCCUGCGAAACGAAUAGUGGAUCCCCAGGGAAAACGACCGCUAAGGGAAUAUCAGACGUUUGAGAUGGUCUGGACGGAAGGGUCAGAGUCGGAGACAUCGUCGGUGUUGGAAAAAAAUACGGAUAAUCAUACACACCGGAACGUGACCCGGCACGAAAGCGCCUUCCCGGCGUCCGACCACACCUACGUCCGGCAAGUAUAUACGACAUAUUCCCACCCCAUCACCCAUCCCGCCGACCAUGACGAAGAAGCCUAUUCCCCACGAUCUCCCCAUUUUAUCCAAACAUCCGGCGGCUCCAAAUUAAUCCUGCCGGUUAACAUGGAGCCCACACCUUCCGUAUCGACGCCGACGUCAUUUACGUCGGACGAAGAGUCAGGUCCUAGUCCCCAGUUGUGUUCCAGUCCGAACGGUCUGGGGAAAUGCUCGUCCAACGUGUUCACAUGUGUCUUUCAAAACGGUUAUCCCUACUAUUUCAAAGACAACAGUUCAUUCGGUGACUGCUCGCAUGACGAGUUCUGCUGCGUCAAUCUGCCCAUCCCGGAAGAUGGCAGUUGUUCGCAACGCUGCGGCAUUUCCGGUACAGCCCGGCAAAAACAGAAUGUCGCCGAGAGCGGCAUUAAACUGGAUAAAAACUACGACUGGGAUCUCAUGCUGCAAGCACAAGAACGCAGUUCACGGAUCGUCAAUGGAUCAGAUGCCGACAAAUACGAAUUCUGCUGGCAGGGCGGGGUUUUUAUCGUGGAUACGGACCAAUUGCAAAAUAAUUCUGCCACUACAACGCCUAUAUUUAUCGGUGGAGCAAGUCUCGUAGCGCAAGAUAUGGCAUUGACUGCUGCCCAUGUUCUGCAACCAUUCAUCACCGAUGCUAACUUCAUCAUCUUCAUGGCGUUUGGUUUUCGCAACAUCAGCGAUGUGACGAAUAUUAUGAAUGCAUCAGCAAAUUGGGACGAAAUACCGGUAUUCCGUGUUCCCAACGAAAUGGCGUUUCACAGCGGAUACAACGACCGGACAUACGAAAACAAUAUUGCCAUAAUUCGUUUUAAUCCGAUUUCUUGUGACAAUGCCAACUUGUGCCCGAUUUGCCUCAGCCCGACGCCGGUUAAUCCCUUUCAGCCUUGGAAAGGCACCUGUUACGCUUCCGGUUGGGGUGCAACAAAUGACGCUAGUGUUGCACCCAUCCUACAGAAACAAGAAAUGUCCAUUCCGUAUCCUCAAGAGUGCCUGAAAUCCUUCUUUAAACUGGGAUUAAAGAACUACGAUCUCCCCACAACUAUGCUGUGUGCAGAUGCCAUUAACCAAAACGGUGGCACGUGUGAUAGGGACGGUGGAUCACCGUUGGUGUGCCAGACCAAAUACGGCAACUGGGAACUAAGCGGUAUUGUUGGGGUGGGUGUUAACCGUUGCCGGCAAGUGGGGGCUCCGACGCUCUUCACCAAUGUGGGGUACUAUUACGACUGGAUCAGUUCCUACUCGAAGGGGACGUACAAGGAGGACGCCACCACCCCACCAACAUCCUACUGGACCACGCCCGCAUCCCUUAACGACACCACGACGGCCAACCAAUCCGACACUGUCACCACGGACACACCAACUACACUCUCAACGGCAGCGACAACGCUCACGACCUCCAGUAGCAAACCCUUUCGAUUCCAGUUUAAUACACCGAAAGUUUUUAUCCCUAAACAGACCGUCUACAUCGAUCCCCAACAAAAACUGGCGCAAGCGUUUUUCCAAGAGCGAGCAGAUAAGCCGACAGAUAGUGUGAGAACGGCAGCUACGACAACAGUUGCAGCAACGGUCGCCCCAACAACAGAAGUGUCGACAAUGCGCUCACUUUUCUCCAUUCUGGUGGGCGGUGAAGGCGAUUCAUCGAAGAGCACCGAAGUCUCUAAAAACUCAUCGGCAAUUCGAUUAUUCUUCCGUCCGGAAAUGGGCGGUGUUUUUCGCCGAAAGGUCACGGAUGCAUCGAUUAAUAAUUCGUCCACGAUUGCAGUGUCUGUCGCAACCAAUCCAACAACUCAAGCAACGACCAGUACAAAACCCUCGACGACGGUAUCAAGCUCCACUGCUUUAACUGCUGCUGCGGCAUCUGCCACGACUGCGACGAAGAACAGCGUCACGUCGGCAUCCACUGUGCCGGCAACAACCAGCGCAGUCGCAAGUCUCGCAACAACCAGUUCACAAGAUACCAAAGAAUCACCUGCCAGUGUUAACGAAGUCCCAACAGCGCCACUAUUAAAACCACUAUCAAACAGCGGUUCCGGUCGUAAAGUAGUGGUCUUCAUUCGCCCGGAAGAGAACACCUCGAUACUCAAGUUUUUAAGACGGCGAUACAAGGAUUCCCAGAUGUACACCGACGCCACGACAGCAGCAUCAGUAGCUAAAUUCGCAACAAGUACAGCGUCAACAUCGUUGCUGCUAAAUACUACAGCUGUAAUACCGUCUACUACAGCGAAUAUAACUUCAGUUAUUACGAAUACGACGGAAGCGUUAAAGACUAAUACGACAAUAUCUACAACGACCAUAGCGUCCACUUCGUCCAGAAGACUGCUGACCUUUGCGCCUAAAGUGACGGUCGCAUCAUCGACAACUGUCGCACCAGCUGCGGCAAAUACCACGAUAUCCAAUGCACCCGUUAAUGUGACCGUAACUAGCAAUAGGCUUUUAUGGAACGUUACCAGACCCAGGGAUCCUUCCAUAAUGUUCUAAGGCUGCGGCAAUAAUAUAUGCUAGAAAUUGCUUCGGUUUAUACUCUUCGUUUGUUGCGAUAUUUUGUAUUUAUCUUGCGGACGUUUGAAAUGAAAUAAACUUGAUCGUGUUG